GUAAUCACACAAGGCCACUCAAUAAGACGUUUACACAUUAAGCAUAACCACAUAUCGAAAAACAAAACCUUGAUUGGCCAAUAAUCACCAACGAUAUUAAUCGGAGACAUGGCUUCUUCCGCUAAACCUCACAACCUUCCAAAUAAGGCAACCCCCACUACUCUCCUGUCAAAAGGAUCAUGGGCCUCCCUCUUCAAACAAGAGACCACAAAGACAUCCCUCAUGUCUCAGGCGGCUGACAACAGUUCGCAGCGCCCCGCUCUCUUAACCCGGGACCCUUAUCUUAAAGGUAACGUCCUUGACUCCAUACUCAUCGACGCAUCUCAAGUUCGAGAUGUCAAAACCUUUUUCAAAGACCUUGCCGAUUAUUGUGACGGCUCUUCGCACUUAUGGUACGUUAAGGAGCAACCACGUACUGAAGGCAAGCGUAUUUUUGUAGAAGCAGUAGUAUCAUCCCUUAUGCGGGAACAAAUGUGUUGUAAGGACGGCUUCCAUCUACCUUCCUUCAACGAUCCCUUUUAUGCUUUUGACUCUCUCUCUUCUGAUGAUGACAUUGUUAAGAUCCAACUCUCCAAUCUCCCACUACAAUAUGGUCGACUGGAUGGUGGUUAUGACGAAUUGAAAUAAGAUAUGAUACAAAACCUUCUCCAAUUUGGAGAAGUUGUUGAUUGCGGACUUAUCAGUGGAAUCGCCAGGACAUUCAUAGGCCGUGGAUUCGCUGUUGUUAAGAAACUGCCCUCUAGUCAACCCCUCCUCUGUUGGAUCGGUAAGAUCAAAAUAUAAAUAAAAUAGGAAAUAAACAGUGACAAGUCUGUGAAAACUCUCGAAGGU